AUGAGUUACGACCCUAUUCACGACACAUAUACGCCAUCAAAACCGGCUGCUGAAUUAAAUUCAGUGCCUCAAUUAUCACCACAAAAUAUACAACCAAAUAAGUCUGAUAUACGAUCUGGUCCAUUAUCAAUAUCAAACUUAGUAUCGGAUGAUCAAAUAAACAAUAAUGAUAUUCAACAACCUACAAACAACUUCAACAAUCAUUCAAAUAAAAUACUACCUUCAAUUACCAAAAUUCAGUCAGUCGCGAAUUUGAUAGAUACUCCAACACCACAACCAGAAGAUCAUGACAAUGAUGAAGAUUAUGACGAGACAGAUGUAAAUUCAACAGUAAUGGGUGACGAUGACGAUUAUAUUGCACCACAUACUCCACAUACUAAAAAGAAAUCAUCUUCAUCCAAAAAGAAAAAGAAAGGUAACAUCGCAAAUUCAAAAUUGUCAUUGAAGAAACAAGAUGGUGAACCAUUUUGGAGAAAAGAUAUUCAAUAUGAUAUGUUAACUGCAUUGUUUGAUGAUGAACAUGCUGUAUUUACAAAUUCCUUUGAGUUCUCAACAGUUGAAGGUGCAAACAAUAAUCCUAAAAUUACCUUUGCUGAAUUAUAUAUUAGAACAUUAGCUGAAUCAAAUAAAAGUUCAAAAGUUCUUAAAGAAAAAUUAUUGAAAGAUAUUGAUUUAGCAAAAGCUGUUUGCAAAGUGUGUGUGUUGGUAAAUUCAGGUAGAAUGAAUACUACAAUCAAUUUUGUACAUGAUAUGAAGUCAACUUUAAGAACUUAUCACUCAAUUCCAUCAUUACAAACUGGACCAGAAGGUGGUACAGUAAAACAAUUACAAGAUACUCCAAGAUUAAAAUCAAUCAUAAAAGCAGUUUCUGAUGGUGAUAAUAAACAAAGUCUACUCUCUGAUCUUGUUGAUAAACCAUCAAUUGUAAAACCAAAUACUAAUAUUGUUCAGUUAUUAUUUUUAUUAAGUAACGCUAACAUUAAUAUACCAUAUUUAGAUCAAGCUUCAGAGCUGUUACUAGAUUUUUUUGUCAAUACAACCAUUAGUCCAAAUAGUAGAGCUCAAAGAUUAUUGUGGUUGAUUUAUACCUAUUUGGAAACAAACUUUAGCGAGGAGGAAAUGUCUCAGAAUCCGUUUGGUGGUCAAACAAUACCUGAGGCUGUGAAAAUUACUGAAGAACAAGAAUUAAAUUAUGACAUUGAUCCUCAAUAUGAAAUUGAUUAUGCUACAGAAAUGCAUCAGGCCAGAAUGCAGUAUUUAAGUGAGGAUCAUACAAAUGAUGUUGGUCAUAGAUCACAUAAGGAUAUAAAACUGAGCUCAAGCAAAAAAAGAGAUAAUGAAGAUAAUCAUGGGGAUGAAAAGAAAGUAGACAAAUCACAACCUAAUAAAAAGAAACAAAAAACUUCAUCAGUGGAACAUGAUGAGCCGGUAUCAACUUCAACUUUAUCAUCAGUGUCAUCCGAAGAUAUAUUGAGUAUAAGUUUAGGAGGUUCCAUUGCUGAUAAACAGAUACAUUUUCCAAUUGAAGAUGCACCAAAACUUUCUAAAAGAUAUAAAGCAGCAAAAUUUGUUACAAACCAACCAAUAGAAGAAGAAUCAAUAGGUUUUAAAUGUGACUUGCUAGAACAAUCUAAUCCAAUGGUUCAAGAGGUUAGAACAUCAUCUAAAGCAAGUACUGCAUCGUUUAACAAAAAGAUCACCAUUUUAGGGAACUGGAUUUAUCGUUAUUUCAAAUAUAAAAAAUCAAUUGGUAAUAAAUUGACAGGUUUAGAGUGGGAAGAUAUUAGAUAUGACAUUAUGAAUGGACUUGAAAAUUACAUAUAUGAAAAUUUUGGGAAAUCUUUAAAUCUUAACAAAGAGUUAUUGCAAAACGAACUUAUAAAAAUUGAAGAAGGUGCGGAACCAAAUUCAUCCAAUGAUAAUGAUGUGUUUUUCAAUUACCUAUCAAUGGGAGAUUAUGGUAGAAUUAAUGAAAAAAACUCAUUUAUGCUACAAAUUACCAAUUUUGCCAACGAUUUUUUCAUAAAUAAAUUAGAAAAAAAUUUAGAUGAUGGUAAAUUAAUUUCAAGAAGUAAAAUUUCAUUUGACUUGGAAAAUGAAGUAAUACAUGGUAUAUAG